GGCUGGGGGCAGAGCCCCAGCCGGUAGCUCUCCUCCGAGAUGGCGGCGCUGUCAGUGUCUGGCGUUACCAGAAGAGGCCUCACGUGGAUAGUCUUAGGGGCACCACGCAGAGAAUUUUGGUCUCGAUUCAGAAAAGAGAAAAAGCUAGUGGUGGCUGAGACAGUAGAAGAAGUGAAGAAAGAGCCUAUUUUGGUGUGUCCACCCUUACGAAGCCGAACAUACAUACCACCUGAAGAUCUCCAGAGGCGUUUGGAAUCUUGUGUCAAAGAAAUUUUUGGUUCCUCUGUUGGUAACAGUUGGCAGGAUGUGUCCCUGGAAGAUGGCCUUCUGAAGUUCAGUUUCUUGGCACGUUUAGCUGAUGACUUGGGCCAUGCAGUGCCCAACUCCAGGCUUCACCAGAUGUGCAGGGUCAGAGAUGUUCUUGAUUUCUAUAAUGUGUCUAUUAGGGAUCAAUCUAAAUUUGAUGAGCUUACUGCUAGUAAUCUGCCUCCCAAUGUAAAAAUCACUUGGGGUUACUGAGCAGAAGAGGAGCUCAUUAAGAUCAUUUUGUCCUGAGCAAGGGGGCUGGUUAUUAAUUAGACUUUUGAUACGUUACCAUGUGAAAUGCUAUCAGAACUGUUCUCUAAACCCACUUUUUCUGUGGAAGGAUGAAUUAUCUUUUUCUCAUCAUGAAUUAACAAGUAACAAGAUUUUCUUUUUUCACGUUUGCUGGAACUUUGUUUUUUUAAUGGAAUCAAGUCUUUAAUCAUGUAUGAAAAUUUCCUUCUUUGGAGGACACUGUAAUUAAACUUGGGUUUAAGAUACAAGGCUAUUAUACGUUCACGCAUGGUCUUUAUUUUUUACGCAUAAAUUAGUAGAUGCAAAAACAGGUUUUAAUCCUGUUAGGACUCUUAAACCUAAGGUGGUAUUAAUUAUGUAUAGUACAUAUACAAAUAAGGAACCGUAGAUAUGUAUAAAAGAAAUGUAAAAAUCUAUGUACAGCAAGUUGUUUCUUUCAUUGCUUUACUACAAGAGUAAAAAUAGUAGAAAAUGAUACUGUUCAUUCUAGAUUAAUCUCUUUUGGAAUUAAAGUAAAUUUCUUGAA